CAACGUCUAUCUAGUAGUCUGGUUUUAAAAUUCGAAUCCUAAGUUACCUUUUUUAUGUUCUCUUCUCGCCCGCCGUUAAAAAUCCCAUUCGUCGCAGCGCCUUUCGCCCACGAAGAUCAAAACUCUUUUUCUCUUCCAUUCUGAAAUCUUCUUCAAUCACCGGAGAACAACAACAAUGGCGUUAAGGCCUAUCGAUAAUGCCUUGCCUGUGCCGCCGCCGGAGAGGCCAAUGAAGCAACUGAAAGCCUCUGUCCCAGCCGCCGCCCAGAAAGAGCCUGAAUCAAAAGCCAACGACGAAAACACUGCUCCGCCGCUGCAGCCGCCAGCUGGAGAGGCUUCAAUUGAUUACGUCCCUUCCGAGCAACUCGUCGCCAUUGAAGAUCCAAACUCUGAGAUUCAAGAAAUGAUUGAGGGUUUUGAUUCAAAAGACUGGAUGAAGCUGUGUGCGUCACUGAACAAGGCACGGCAAUUCGCAAUCUUCCACUCUGAGCUCUUGGUUCCAAACUUGGAAAAGGCAAUGUCAGUGCUGGUCAAGGCGAUGAAGAACCCUAGAAGUGCUCUGAUCAAGACUUCUAUCAUGGCUUCCUCGGAUAUCUUCUCUGCAUAUGGCGACAAGCUGCUUGACUCAAAAACAGAUGCAUUUGACAGCUGGCUUCUCCAGCUUCUGCUGAAAUCUUCACAAGACAAGAAGUUCGUAUGUGAAGAAGCCGACAGAGCAUUGAGUUCGAUGGUGAAGUCCAUGACUUCGUUGCCUCUGCUGCAGAAGCUGAAGGGAUAUGGCAGUCAUCAUAACCUUAGAGUCCGGGCUAAAGCUGCAGUUUCCAUCUCCAAUGCAGUCGCCAAAAUGGGGAUGGAAGAGAUGAAGGAAUUCGGGUUUGUGCCACUGGCUCAAAUGGCCAUAGGGUUGCUGAAUGAUAAACUACCUGAAGCGAGAGAAGCUGCAAGGAAAGUCGUUGUCUCUAUCUAUGAAGUUUAUACAAGAGAUGAAGAGGAGAAGCAGGAGAUAUGGCAGAGCUUCUGCGAGUCGUAUUUAGCGCCUGUUCAUGCUCAGUCUUUGACCAAAAUCACUGCUGGUUCACCAUAGACACGAGAUUUUCAAUGUUCGCAGCAGUUGAUAGUAAAAGCUAUUGAAUUUACUACAUGUAGAGAUGAUAUGUCUUCAGAAUUCUCAGUUUCAUGUAAAUCUCUGCUACAUGAUUCCCAAUAACAAAAAUCACUUGCACUGUGUUGGGUUGCAAUUUCAUGUUGAAUAUGUUCAAGCCACAGUUCAGUAGAAAGUUUCGCUAGUCAACGGAUAUUAAAAUUCAAGCAACAAAACAGCAAACUUCAA